AAUACCUCUGAGUUGAGUACACCUCAAUUUCAUUAUCAAACUCUUCGGGCCAAAUGAAUCAUACUCUCCCACCAACGGGCGGGGCCAUGUGCUAGUCUCAUGCAUAACCCAAUUAGAAUCUGCCACAUGCCCACAUCAGCGCCUCUUCUCUCUUUCUAGAAAGUCUUUAAUUUCCCCCAUUAAUUUUUAGCAGACGCUUUUUCACUCGUUUUAAGUCGGAAUUAAAAUUUUUUUUCACAGUUAGAUCAGAUUAAUUGUGCUUUUCAAAAUGAUAUCCACUUUGAUAUAUUUUGGAACAAAAAAAUUUUAGCCAGUUAUUACCAGUCUAUACCAUAUGGUAUUGACUGAUAUUAAAUAUGAUCAUAUCAUAUGGUAUGAAAAAUACCACCCCAUACCAGGGUGGUAUAGUAUGGUAUUGAGUUGGUAACGAGAGGUAUGAAAUUUUUUCACCCAUAAAUUUUUGCAAUCCAAUAGAUCAUGAUUAAGUCGUUCCUUCUGUGCAAAAACUUCCGAAAACGAAGGAGAUACCAUAUGGUAUGGAGUUGGUAACGAGAGGUAUGAAAUUUGUUUUUCUAAAAAAAUAUUGAAAAUUGAUCUCAUUUUGUAGAGCACAACGAACUCGUUUCAUGUGUGCAAAAAAAAAUUGAAAUCCGAGUUAAAAUGAAAAAAAUAUGAUUCAAUUAAGAAAAAUAGAAAAAAAAUAAAAUGUCCUUAAUUUACAACCACUUAAAAUAAAAAAUUCAGAUUUGGUUAUUCAUAAUUAUGCACCCUAAAGUUAUACUCCCUAUCUUGAAUCUGAGCCUAUCAAUUCCUAAUCCUUUAGUACUAUCCUUAUCAGAAAAGGAAUUCCCAUUCCUUUACUAAAUGGUGUUUUAAAACCCAAUUAAUAUGCAAACCUUCCACAAUUUCCACAAAACCCCAACCCAGAAAUACGAUGAAGGCCACCAAAGAAACAAACCAGCGGCAAACUGCGCCUCCUCCUCCUCCUCAUCGUCAUCAUCAUCCAAAUCGGAGGGAGCCGCCGACUCUAACACCAGAACCAUGGCUGGUCUACACCCACGAGAAGAAGAUCAAGUCCCAAACUUUCUACAGCUCUUCAGAACAAAGAUCCCACUUCAGAAACUUCCACAAAAUGCGAAACAGGUUAAUCUGUGCGCACUGUCAAUGCUGGCUACUGCUCGUCCAUAUCAACAAAAGGGAUUUCUCACUGUUCAACCCUGCGACCAUGGAGGAAGUCCAGCUACCCAGGAUGCCUCGCAUCCUCGACUCCUUCGAUAGUUGUGCCGUCUCUUCUCCUCCCAACAACGACGAUUGUUGCAUCGUCGUGCUCAUCGAAUACUGUUACCUGAAAAAACAGAGUACUCUGUUCUUCUGUAAGCCAGGGGAUGAUGAUGAUGAUAAGGGUUGGCGGAAACAGAGAGUGGAGCCAGAGGAAGGUCAAUGUGGGAACCCUCACGCAUCCCAUCUCUCCUACUUCCAAAAUGUGGCCAGCUUCAAUGGAGAUCUAUACGUUGUCGCAGCUUGCUGCGAAAGCCUCCUCAAGGUCCAAUUCGUCAUCGAUGACAAUGGCGACACCUCGAUCAAGCUACUUGAUCUGAAGUUGAGGAGACCGAACCUGAAUUGGGCCGAUCCUUACUUCGUUAGGACCACUUUGAUGAGCUCUUCCUUCCUGAUCCAGGCCUCCCCUACCGAACUGAUGACGGUGGAGCUGUACUACGGCGACCAAAGAGACACCGUCGAAUACAGCUACGAGAUUUGUCGCAUCGAGGGCUUCGAGGCUGGCGUAAUAAGAAUCGAGCUGUACAGGGCCAAUUUCGAGGAAGAAAAAUGGGAGCACGUGGAGGAAUUGCCCAAGGACACUGCAAUUUUCUUGGGCUUCCUUCAGGAUAAUGUUGUCUCGUAUGAAGUUCCGAGCAGACAGGACUUGGAUCGGGGAGGAGGAGUCAGUUCGCGGGAACACGGUGUACUUCAUGUUAGUGUUGUGGUAUAUGAUCCACGAUUGAACCUCUCCCAACAACUCGAGUUAUUGGGAUCAACUGGUUCUUGACAUGGUAUCAGAGCCUUCUGUGACCGAGAGGUCUUGUGUUCGAUACCCGGUGACCCCCAUUUGUUAAGCACAUGGUAUUCUUGUUUUCAGACCUGUGCAAACUUCAAGCCCUUGUGAGUGGCUUUUGUUUGAGGGGGCGUGUUAGUGUUGUGGUAUAUGAUCCAUGAUUGAACCUCUCCAAACAACUCGAGUUAUUGGGAUCAACUGGUUCUUGACAUGUGUUAGUGUUGUGGUAUAUGAUCCAUGAUUGAACCUCUCCAAACAACUCGAGUUAUUGGGAUCAACUGGUUCUUGACAUGGUAUCAGAGCCUUCUGUGACCGAGAGGUCUUGUGUUCGAUUCCCGGUGACCCCCAUUUGUUAAGCACAUGGUAUUCUUGUCUGAUAUAAUCAAAGUUGCGCAGGGUCAAGCUUCUCGAACCAAACAGAACCGGAUAGGAUGGAAAUCGAUCGGACAGUACUCACCUGUGAAUAAGGGCAAUCGAUAUAU